GCCAUGCGCAGCUGCCUGUGGCUGGGCCUGGCAUGGCCGCUGCAAGCACGAGCUCCUGGCGCUGCGGGGACCCCAAGCGGGCUGUGGAGGCCACGCAGCUAUGGACACCUAGAGGGCGACGUGUGCUGGCGACGCCUCCUCUCCUCCACCCAUUUUUUUCUGCGCGUGGACCCCAGUGGCCUCCUGCAAGGUACCCGCUGGUACCACAGCCCUGGCAGCACUAUUGAGAUCUGCUCCAUCUGCAUGGGCAUCGAGGUGCUCAAGGCUGCGCACAUCAGCUUCUCCAUGACCAUAAACCACUGGGUCCACCUCUACCGGUGCAGGGUCUGCACUGCCCACGGCAGGUUCCAGGAGCCCAUUGAGGAGGACAGCUACAACACCUAUGCUUCACUUUGCUGGUGUCACAUGGCACUGGACAAGCAGGGUGCACCACAAUGCAGUGGCCAGACCAGGUGGCACCUAUCCACCCACUUCCUGCCUAUCAUGGUCCCUGAGGCCCUGAGGGGCUGUGAAGACUGGCUAGAUGAGAUUCCAGAAGACACCUGGGCAGGGCUCUGGGGAACCUGCAAGAAACCCCACAGAAGUGGCCCGGCCCUCAUUUGA